AUGCCGACAAGACCAACGCCCGCGAGCCAACACCCACGAGCCAACACCCACAAGCCAACACCCACGAGCCAACACCCACGAGCCAACACCCACGAGCCAACACCCACGAGCCAACACCCACGAGCCAACACCCACGAGCCAACACCCACGAGCCAACACCCACGAGCCAACACCCACGAGCCAACACCCACAAGACCGACUCCCACAAGACCGACUCCCACAAGACUGACUCUAAGACUGACCAAGUCCAGUCAUGGCACUGAUUUGAGCCAGACAACCGUGGCGGUCAAGCCCUUCGUGGGCAUGUUGCUCCGCAUGCCCUCUCAUUUGGGAAACUGGCAACGUGUACUUGGAAAUGAACGUAUAUCCGGAAUAUGGCUUUCGCACGGAGGCACAUUCUGUUGGGCACACAUCAGCGAAUAG